CAGCUCUAGCUUAGCCCAAGAUCUCUCGUACGCAUAUGCUUGCUCGCACUACAUCUCUAACUCUAAGCUCCGGCUCCGAACGCGCCAUGCUCGACGGCCACCACCAGCAGCAGCAGCCGCCCUCCUCCUCCGCCGCCGCCGCGGCCCUACAGGACGAAGGCGGCGUUGAUGGGCCGGCGAGGCGAGUGGUGUGGGUGCCGGGCCCGGUGAUCGUGGGCGCGGGCCCGUCGGGCCUGGCGACGGCGGCGUGCCUCAAGGCCCGCGGGGUGCCGUCGCUGGUCCUGGAGCGCGGGGGCAGCGUGGCCCCGUCGUGGCGCCACCGGACCUACGAGCGGAUGCACCUCCACCUGCCGCUCUGCUUCUGCGAGCUCCCCAUGGCGCCCUUCCCGCCGGGCACGCCGCCGUACCCGAGCCGGGACCAGUUCGUCGCCUACCUCGACGCCUACGCCCGGGACUUCGCCCUCGAGCCCCUCUUCCGCGCCCAAGUCCGGAGCGCCGCCUAUGACGCCGCCAUCGGCUUCUGGAGGCUCCAAGUCGAUGUCGAUGCCGGAGCCGGAGACGGAGAAGAAGACGGUGGUGAUACUACUACGACGACGACGACGACGGAGUUUGUGUCGAGGUGGCUCGUGGUGGCCACGGGCGAGAAUGCGGAGCCGGUGUGGCCGGAGGGGAUGAUGGCGGCCGGUGACGGCGUGUACCGGGCCGGCCCGGUGAUGCACACCAGCGCGUACAAGCGAGGGGACGGCUUCGCCGGGAAGAAGGUGCUCGUCGUCGGCUGCGGCAACUCGGGGAUGGAGGUCAGCCUAGACCUCUGCGACAAUGGCGCCAAGGCCUCCAUGGUCGUCAGGGACAAGCUUCAUGUGUUGCCUAGGGACAUCCUAGGAAUCUCAACAUUCGGGCUCUCGGUAUGCCUUGUCAAGUGGUUCCCCAUAAAAUGGGUGGAUGCCUUGUUACUCUUCUUCUCAAGGUUGAUUCUUGGAGACACUGAAAAAUACGGCCUCCAACGUCCUAAGAUCGGACCACUCCAAAUCAAGCGCUCAACAGGGAAAACACCUGUGCUCGACAUUGGAGCUUUGAGGAGGAUCAGGGAUGGCGAAAUAAAGGUGGUCCCGGCGAUAAACCGGUUCACCGAGGGCGGUGUUGAAUUCGCCGACGGCCGUAGGGAGGACUUCGAUGCGGUCAUCCUCGCCACCGGGUACAAAAGCAACGUGCCAUCAUGGCUUAAGGAGGAUGAGUUCUUCAGCGAGACGGAUGGGUUCCCCAGGAAGGAAUUCCCACACAGCUGGAGGGGCAAGAACGGCCUCUACGCCACCGGCUUCACAAGGAGAGGGCUCAUGGGUUCCUCCUACGACGCCUCAAGAAUCGCGGCCGAUAUCGCCAACCAGUGGACUGAGGCCCUGGCUGCUAGCUCCGUCGCUGCUGCUGCUGCUGACACUAAUUAAUUAAACGUUUCAGCUGAUCUCCUAUAUAUGUUUGGGUUGGAAAUUAAUGUGUAUAUAUGUACGUACGUACUGUCUCCAAACUGUUUAAUGGGUCCAGCUAUAUAGAGAUCGAUGUAUACCUGUAAAUUGCUGCCUAGAUCGAGCAUCACUCCGUCUAGACUGCCUAGUGGUAAUGCAAAUAUAUAUGGAUGGAAUAAAUUAGUGAGA